AUGGUUUCAUUAUUAAUGAUCAUUUGUGUCAUGCAUAUAUUUCUGGUCCUAGAUUGUCAGCCAAUUAUAAGCUGCUACUUCCAGAUGGAAAAUCCACCUCUAAACUAUUUGGAAGAAAAUUUAUGCACUCAUUAUAACCUGAUCGGCUCCUGUACAAUCGAUGAACAUCACCAUGUCAUCUUGCCUAAUAGGAGCGCAUUGGCUACCACAAGAGAGUGGUUGUAUGAUCAACGGCCAUCUCCUAAGCUGUUAAUUACUCUUACACCUGUCAACAGUCGCAUGUCACAUCUCGUAAAAAGCAGUGAACUACGAAGAAAACUGGUAGAAAAUGUAACACGGUACUUGGUUACGAAUGAGGUGAGCGGUUUCGACAUUGACUGGGAGUUCCCAGUAUGGAGUCGGGAUGCACAGCCCACAGAUAGAAAAGGUCUGUCUGUCCUUAUCAAAGAAUUGCGGGAAAGUUUCGAUCAGGCGAAACCCAAUCUACUGUUAAGUGCAGCAGUGGCUGCACCCGCUCCAAUCGCUAAUAAGGCUUAUGAUGUUAAUCCAUUCAACAAGUAUUUGGACUACGUUCAAAUCAUGAAUUACGACUUUCAUAUGUACUCUAAAUUGGAACCUUGCACAGGUUUUAAUGCACCACUGUUUUCUAAACAGUAUGAAUUUGGAAUACUCAGCAAAAUGAAUUCGGAUUAUUCGACACAGCAUUGGCUCGAAAGGGGUCUUUGGGCCAACAAGACCAUAUUCGGCAUACCCACUUACGGACGUGGCUACACACUUCUUAACAAAUAUUUUCACUUCCUCUACGCUCCAGCUGUCGGACAUGCAAAUAUUGGUGCUGCCUAUCCAUUUGUCAAGGUGUGCAAUCUAACGAAAACAAAGAAUUAUAAAUAUGUGUUUGAUGAGAAGACACGAUCGGCAUAUAUACACGGUGGUGAUCGGCAAUGGUUGGGGCUAGAAAAUCCAAUAACGAUGUUUUCGAAGGCGAGCUACAUAAAAACACACAAUCUUGCCGGUAUUAUGAUAUACGACCUGGCAUCUGAUGACUAUAAAGGAGUGUGUAAGCGGGGAACAUAUCCAUUAAUAAAUGCAGCCAAAGUGGCAAUAUGUAAUGAGAGAUAA